GCAGCGGCGGCAGAGAGCGAUGGGAGCAGACAGUUGGGGGAGGGGUCUGUGUGUGUGUGUAUACACUAUAGGACUCAGCAGCAGCAAUUCUACAGCCGUAGUAAAGUCUCUAACGGUCGGCCCCCUUUUUUGACCGAAAGCCUCGUACAAAAAGUUGAUAAAUGACGGGGGACUUAUCGAAAACGGGGUGAAGCAGCUCUUGCUCGCCCUGAAGUCCUCCUUUAUAUUGUCGCGGAGGACGAGGGGACACUUUUAAUUCGUCCAUUUGUUUUCAAAUGAAGCAACCGAGAAAUGCCAGUGGAAAUGCUACAUCCGAAUCCAAUGCCUCCCUAGGUUUGUCACCGAUCCAAACCCAUACGUUUGUGUGGAUCUGUUGAGGGAGCUUUGCCAGCGUUGGAGCCCAGCGAUGUGGAGCAGCAUGCUUUACAAUGAGACGGAAGCCAUCGUGGACCUCCAGCUCUCCCAAGAUUUGGGCCUCAUCAUGUCGAUCCUUUCCCUCGUCUACCUCCUGGUCUGCUUCCCUUUGGGGCUGUGCUAUAACAUCCUGCUGGUUGCGGUGAACCUCUCCAACAAGGUCUCCAUGACCAUGCCGGACGUCUACUUCGUCAACAUGGCCAUCGCGGGACUCGUGCUCAACCUGGUGGCGCCCGUGGAGCUCCUCAGCUCCACGUUCACUCGCUGGCACGCGUGGGAGUACAACGACGAGGUCCACAUCACUCUGCUCAUCCUCUUCAACAUCUCAUCCCUGGUCAUCAUGUACUCCACCACGCUGCUCAGCCUGGACUACUACAUAGAGCGGGCGCUGCCGCGGACAUACAUGUCCAGCGUUUACAACACCAAGCACGUGUGCGGCUUCAUUUGGGGCGGCGCCGUGCUGACCAGCUUCUCCUCGCUGCUCUUCUACGUGUGCAACCACAUCUCCACCAAGAUGGUCGAGUGCUCCAAGAUGCAGAACAAGGAGGCGGCUGACGCCAUCAUGAUGUUCAUCGGUUACGCCGUUCCGGCCGUGGCCGUGUUUUACGCUUUCGUGCUCAUUUUGCGCAUCAGGAAGGAGUCCACUCCUCUGGAUCAGGACUCGGCUCGCUUGGAUCCAUCUAUACAUCGGCUGCUGCUGGCGUCGGUGUGUGUGCAGUUUGUCCUGUGGACCCCGUACUACAUGACCCUCCUGGUGCACACGAUCACCGGUGCGCCAGGGUACAUCAGCAACGGGCAUUACCUGCCUUCCUAUCACUUCAUGAGGUGCGUGUCAAAGCUGCUGGCGUUCUCCAGCAGCUUUGCGAUGCCUCUCAUGUACAGACAGAUGAACAAAAACUUCUCCGGCAAGCUUCAGCGGCUGCUCAGGAAGCUGCAUUGCAGGGACCAGUCUUGCCCUCAUGAACACUCAGUAGUGCAGCAAGUGGUGACGUGAAACUCCCUCCACUUCCCUCCCCCCCCGCCCCUUUUCCACCUCCUUGGCCCAGCCAGCACUUAUCUCUCCCCUCUCCUCACUGCGCCACCCCUGCACAACCAGUGUGUGACUGGGCUUCCUCAACUAUCUGGACUCUAUGUGGAGCGUCAUUGCUAACUGUGGAAUUUCCUGUCCCCUUCCAGAGCUUAAUCUGAUCCUUCUCUCUGCAGUGAUGGAACAAAUCAAGGAAAUUAAAAAAAAAACAAAAAAACAUUUGCUGCUUUUUUUUUUUUUUUUGUCAGAGACAAAAGACAUUUGGUAGUUUAAAGGUGUUAAAGUUUGUACAAUCAUCUGAUAUCAGUGAAGUUAGAGUUUAACCCAAACAUCGAGGUAUAAUUGUAAAGCUGUCUUCAAGCAGCAUACCAUAGUGGAUGUUUGGCUUAUACACGACUGCCUAUAUUUCAUCAUGUGAAUCAUAAUUAAUUUUUCAUAGCAUAAAAGCCUGUUUUUUUGUUUUUUUUUUCACACAAGCUGAAUCAAUAAGCUAGAAACCCAGAAAUGAAAUAAUAGAGAUGCACCAAUUGGGCUUUUAUUGGCCAAUAAAGGAAUAUAGAAGUAUAAAUAACACAAAUGUUCUGGAGGGGGUUUGGUAGAGGUAUAGAUCAAAAUCAAUGUCACUAACCUUUCUUUGUCUUUUUUAAUAAACUGGGAAAAAGAAUGCAUCAAAAAUAAAAAAUAAAUUAUUCAUGCUUCAAAAAUAUUUGAAGUUCUCCAUUGUGAUGCAUUUAAUGUAUCAGGAAAAAAUGGAUUCUUCAGUAUUUGAUCUGCCAGUCAAGACACUAUUUUGAUUUCUGGGUGAUUAAUUGGUGCAUCUCUAUUAAAUUAUGUAUCUUAGUGCUUCAUACAAAAGUGUAGCUAUAGCGGUGAAUAUAGCUGUCUCUACACAAAAAUCCACCCGAAUUAGAAGGCAACUUUGUUCGGUUUAAUGUUACUGUUCAGGAUUCUUAAUCAUUUUACCUAAUCUGCACAUUUUGUAAGGGAAAGAACCUUUCUUUUUAUUUUUUAUUUUUUUCUUCUAGAAUUUGUCAAAUCUGUUUACCAGUGGCAGAUCCACCCUGCAGCUACGAGUACUGGAAUGAAGAUGUGCUCUCUUUGACUCAGUUUCGCAGACACAGAGAGCUUAGUCUCACUUAUGCCUAGUUCAUCAGUAGAUUUGCUACCACACCACCUCACCACCUUAAAAUCUCACUUGACAAAUAGAAGUGAAGCUUGUAUUCAGGGCUCAACAUAACCGGCGUACCUCUUACUUCUCUGCUGAAACAUUACCUGUUAGUCAUAAGCAGCUCCACUGAGCACAUUAACCUGAGCAUGACAGCCCAGUCUCUUGAUUUUUUAUUUUUUUUUUAUUAUUAUUAUUUUUUUUUUCUGAGUUGUCUUUCACUUCUGCAGGUAUUCUGUGCGCAGAACUUCACAUAGGGUCAGUGACGUCCAUGCAGAGUCUUGUAACCAAACACAAGCGGUUUGGAGGUUUUGGCCAGUUGAAACAUUUUAAACUUUCUGGAUCACAGGAGAAAAAAAAUAACUAUGUAGAAAAUUUGGAAAAACUCGCAUAUCAAACACCUGUUUGUUAUGCGGGUCGGAUGCUGCUCAGAUGCAUUUAAGCUACUUUGUUUUUUUUUUUUUUUUCUUUUUUUUUUUUUGUCUGCCAUUUAUUUAAAAGAGUAUAUAUUAUUGAGCUCUUAUAAAAUGCUAAAUAAAAAGGUUACAAUUCCGCAGUGUUUGUUUUUGUCUUUGCAGACUUACUCGGUAACUCUCAGUUGAUUCCAGUCCCACACUAUAAAUCAUAAACACUUCAAGAUUAUUGAUGCAAAAAUAUUUGGAUAGCUUCUCAAUAUGACGUGAUAUAGACAAUAAUCCGAAUGUUUUUUUGUUCAGAUUAUAACUUGGUUUUAUUCACAGCCUGUGUUUUUUUUUUUUUUUCCAAACAUUUUGUCUACUGGGAAUGUUUUGUCUCCAACUAUAAAAUGAGUCAUUGUGUAGUUUAUAUUGCCUGAUUUUGGCAGCAUGCGGCUACUGUGGCACCUUCAGUCAGACUGUGAGAAGCGUUCCCAAUUUGAACUGUGUGUUUGCUUUUGGAGCCACAGUAUGUGCUCGCCUGCAAGAGUCCUGCACUCAUGGUCACAUAGUUUACAGUGAUUUGCAGUGGUAAUGCUAACUUCAAAUGGAUAUGGAGGAAAAUCUUACAUUUUCCAAAAUGGCACUGGAGCCGCUCUCCCCAAUCCUCAAAAUUCUGCAUGAAUUCCAACAUAAAAACUCAGCAUAUUCUAUUAUAAAUUUUCUCCUGGAUCCAAAUAUGACAAUCCUGGAUAUUUGCUGAAUAACAAGCUGCAGUGUUG